CCGGCGGCCCGCGGGCGCGCCUAGGCCGCGGGGUACCCCCCUCCCUACCCCCUCCCCGCCCCGCCGCCCCCCUUUUCCUCCUCCUCCGGCCGCCAGGAUGCUGCCCUCGCAGGAAGCCUCCAAGCUGUACCAUGACAACUACGUGCGGAACUCGCGCGCCAUCGGCGUUCUCUGGGCCAUCUUCACCAUCUGCUUCGCCAUCAUCAACGUGGUGGUCUUCAUCCAGCCCUACUGGGUGGGCGACAGCGUCAACACGCCCAAGCCGGGGUACUUCGGGCUGUUCCACUACUGCGUGGGCAGCGGGCAGGCGGGCCGGGAGCUCUCGUGCCGCGGCUCCUUCACCGACUUCAGCACCAUCCCCUCGGGCGCCUUCCAGGCGGCGGCCUUCUUCGUGCUGCUGUCCAUGGUGCUGACGCUCGGCUGCAUCACCUGCUUCGCGCUCUUCUUCUUCUGCAACACCGCCACCGUCUACAAGAUCUGCGCCUGGAUGCAACUGCUGGCAGCGCUCUGCCUGGUUCUGGGCUGCAUGAUCUUUCCUGAUGGCUGGGAUGCAGAGACCAUACGGGACAUGUGCGGGGAGAAGACAGGGAAGUACUCCCUGGGCGACUGCUCCGUGCGCUGGGCUUACAUCUUGGCCAUCAUUGGCAUCCUCAAUGCCCUCAUUCUUUCCUUCCUCGCCUUUGUCCUUGGCAACCGGCAGAAUGACCUGCUGCACGAGGAGCUCAAAACAGAGAGCAAAGAUUUUGUUGGCACUGCGAGGAUAUAACGCUGAGCGCUCGCAGCAGGACCCUCUUCCCGCAGCUGGCAGCCUGGGCGCUCCCUCCCCAUCCUGCCCUUCGUCUGCUGCCAGCGGCCACGCAGCGUCCCGCGCCGCCCCCCGGGCCCCACCGCCCGCUCCGGGGAUGUGCCGGCCGCCUGCCACGUCCACAGCCACCUCCAUGUCCACGCCGGCACCGUCAUCCCACGCACCCUACCAGCUCCGUACUCCUCACCGCCCGCAGGCUGCCGCUGGGGGAGGAUGCCCCAAAUCCUCUUCGUUCGAGAACAGCAUCCAACUGCGGUUUCCUUUUGAGGAAAAACCAGAGUUUUUAACAGAUUUCUACAUCCCCAGGACUCCUGACCUGCUGCCUCCCACCCGAACAGGCACCCAGUGAUGCCCCACGCCGGCUGCUCUGGGCCGCGGCCCCCUCCCCACACCCAUUUUGUACAGCUCCGAGAUCCUGUCUCCACGGCCGGGGGACCCGGCGGCCAGGAUGGGGCCCAACCUCUACUUUUAAGUGUAAAUUCAUAUUCUCUAAACAGGGUAAAGUGACUUGAGCCCCCUCACCCCUCGAGCCCGGUCCCAGGAUGUGGUGUUUCUCAGCACGUGGCUGGGGCCGCAGGCUGCCACUCGCUCCCCCGCAGCGUGGGGUCCGCAGGGGCCUCACUGCCACCGGCCGCUGGGACACCCGACUCGCGCCGCCGCUGAAUGUAAGCCCUGGUAAGUGGGAGCAGCCCAACAUGCAAACCCCCCUGGGUGGGCGCAGGAGGACUCCCUGCCAGCCCCUUUCCUGAGCCGGCCGUGGGCUGUUGCCAAACGCCUUCCCUCCCCAUCCCCAUACGGUGCUUUAUCUCCACUGGUGACGGCAAGGCUCUCUGCCACGCAGCAUGGCCGGGGCACCGCUGUUCCCGGCGUCCUGGCCGUGUAUCCUGGCUGCACCUCGCUGGCGCACGGCGACGGCCCGCGGGGAGGGCGGCAGCUCAGCCCGGCAGCCUCCGAGCACGACCCAGCCUCAAUAGUGCAUAUACGGUGCCCGGCACUGAAACCCUCAGCGCCCUCCCUGGCACGGGCGGCGUGGCCCGGCUGCGGCUCUGCUGGCCAGACCGGCACGUGUGGGCUUCCUCGGGCCUGGCUGUGGGGCGCUCAGGUCGCCACAGCCCUCGCAAUGCAAUAAAGUCCUCAGCACUGGCCACGUCUCAGUGCGAGUAGCCGGGGGCUGUUUGCAGGGCCCCCAGCGGAACGAUGGGAUGGGGGCUCACGGGGAUCCUGGCAGGGCUGGACCCGGGCGCUGGAUGAGGCCGAGCUGAGCACAGGGAGCAGAGCAGGACCCAGGAUGGGCAGCCCAGGGUAGAGGAGCUGCUGCCCACCCGCAGGCAUCGGGGCACGGCAUGGGAAGCCGCUAGGAGACGGCAAUGAAGGGCUCUGCGGGAACCACCACCCAGCCUGGCGAGCCGGGGUGCCCGGGGCUAGCGGGAGCCGGUAAGUCAUGCCCUGAGACCCCGUGGGGCGGUGGUGAGGGAUGGAGCUGUGCCAGAACACCGGCUGGGAGCCAAAGUCACCUGGGACGGCGGUGGGUGCUGGGGUUCUUCUGCCAACGGCCUCUGCCAGCCACAAGCCUGGCGGUGCCUCAAUCCCUCUGGCAGCGCCCGCGUCCCUGGAGCAGGGCUGGCAGGAGCUCCCGGCGCCCAGCCCUGGCAGCACCCGGGGCUUGCCACCUUGGGAGUGCUGUUGCCGGCUGAAUUGAAAAAAAAAAACGAAGAAAAAAUCAGUGGAGAAAGGAAUACAGUAGCUGUAAUAUAUCUGUAUUUUAGUACAAAGUUUGAUACAGUGUUUCACAAAACCUUAUUGAAAAAUAUAAUUCA